AAAAAAAGAGGAAAUUAAAAAAAAUUCCUUUCUGUUCAGUUUUGGGUGUUUUGUAGUCCUCAAGGUCUGAAUUUUUCCAUGUGUUAUUGGUUUGAUUUGUUGUCCUUUUUCCAGCUGCCUUGAACAUUAUGAAUUUGAACACAACUACUAAUCAUAGGAGUGUAGGACCUACUUCGUCAAGUUAAUUUGGACCGUCCACAGCAUUUUUUAUGAUCACCAGUUGUGAUAAACCAUCAAAAUCUCAAGUAAACAUUAUAUACCCAAAUCAGAUAAUGUCCGAAUUAGUUCCGGUAAAAUAAUUUCGGGACGGAAACACGAAAAAUUAAAAACAUGGUAAUGAAACAUCGGCAAGUAGGAGGAAACUUUCACUUUGGUUACCUUUUUUCUGGGUCAAAAGAAUGGGAGGAGAAAAGUGGGAUCGAGUCAGCAUUUCAUUUCAGCGUUGAUUUUACUUACACAUCAAAAGUUUCAAAGACUAGAAAACACAAGAACUCUGCUACACUGAAAUUUUCUUUCACUAGUUUUGGAAGGAGCAAAACAAUGGAUUUAGUGUUUGAGUCAGCAUUUCAUUUUCGAUCGUAAAUUUUCAUUAUUACACCUCAAAAGUUUUCUGUCGUACCUUAUUAAAUGGACAUUAUCGUUACUUAAUCGUGUUAGCAACGUCAAUUUGCAUAUUAUGUGACGUGUUCAUUCACCCUUUUAGUAAGUAAUAAAGUACAUUUUUAUGUAACUAAAAUAUAAUGAUUGAGGCAAAUAUAUGAUAAAAGUGCAUGUAAAUGCCAUAAAUAUCUCACGCCACUUCUUCUAGCUAGCAGUGGCCCUUCCUAGUUGUUUUGGUCCAUAGAAAAUGUACCACCGUUGGCCCAACUUGAAAGGCCACUUGGAUGGAAAAUUUUAAUUGAGUAGAUCAACCAGAAUAUUCUUGUUUAAUCCCAAAUCAUGGCCUCGUCAUUCAUCCUCAUUUCUCAAUAUAUCUAUUCUCUAUUUCUUCAACACCAACCAUAUGACUUAUAUAGUCUUAAUUAUUAUGAAUCUAAAAGAAAAAUGAUAGUGACAUUGGAAACCCACACUCAAACGAGAUACAAGUUGAUCCAGUGUAUUUAUAAACUUUCACAAUAAUCAUAAUAGCGAGAUUUAAUGAUUUUGUUAUUUCAUAGUUCAGUAUCUAAAUUCAUUAUACUCUCUCCGGUCCUUAAUGUAAGGCAUUUUGAUUUAUUCUAAAUUGAACCUAGUACAUAUUUUUAAUUGACAAAAAAACCUUAAAAUGUUUCAUAAUAAUAAAGACAACGAAGGUGAAAAUAUAUUUUUCGUCAAUUAAAAAUUCGUACUAGGUGAAACCUAGAACAAAUCAAAAGACCUUAUAUUAAGGACCGGAGGGAGUAUUAUUUCUACUAGCUCUGUCGUUACUCUUAAUUUUAAAUGUUUUUAACUACUCAAAAGUCAGGUCUAGUUUCUUAAUUUUAGGGAAUUAAGCUAUCCAAUGGUUUGAUGUACUAAGGUAUGACCUGGUUUCUUAAUUUGGGUGUUUCUUAAAAUAUGUAUGUAAGGUCAAGUGGGGGCCAAGUCAGAGCUAUUUGAUUAAAGAGGAGAUAAUGUUUUGAGUGUUUCACUUUCACGCGUAUUCUCUUUCUCCACUUGGCGCCCCUUUGCACUUAUUGUUAAAGACUUCUUGUUUCUUUUCUUGGUUUUCUUCAUACUUUUAAUGACUCUUCUUUUGUCUCUUAAUUGUUGUCUGUGAAUCUCAUUGAAAUUUAAAUUUAGAGAUGUCCGAAACCUUAAUUGGUAAGUAGGAUUGCAAUACUUUUGGGAUAAGGUUACGUAUGGUUUGGAUUAUUUUAUCAGUAUUAAUAAGUUGUCUUUAAGGUGAGCAUACUCCAUCAAAGUGAUUUGUAUUAAUCAAAAGUUAGCAGUUGUCAGCCAGGCCCAUUUUUUUUGAACGUGGUAGCUAAAGUAUUCUAACGUCCUAACUGGUGAAGGAAGUUGGAUGUGACAUCGGAUUAGUGGAUGUAUAAAUCCUUUGAAAAUAAGCUCAACAGCAAGUGUGACGCUUAUCUUUAAAGAAUUUAAUACAAUGAAAAUCAAUAUCGAUGUAACAAUCAUAUUGCAUAAGUUAUGCUAUAUCGAAUGAACUUCUAAUGUGAUAUGGUACACAAAGAUUGUCUUGGGAGAUCUGUUGAAUAUGGGGUGUGUAUUUGGAUUUAAGGGCACAUUAAGAAUAAAAGAAGACAUUGAAGAACAUUCAACAAUCACCACUUUUAGUCCCUCAGCGUGUUGAUUCUGUGCUAUAUCUGGGUCGAAAUGAAUUAUAAGUUGCAAAAUGAACUGCGUUUGGAACCCUUAAUCUUAAUUUUCUUGAUUCAUUUUUUCUGAGUUAAAAAGUUGCAAAUGUUAAGCAUAAAAGAUCGAUAUAAUUAAUUUUGUUCACACAUUCUGCUACAGAGAACGCGAUGGUGCUAGGGUGCUGAGAGUUCAAAAUCUGAACAACCCUUACUCUACUCAAGGAAAUUUUGAUUGGCGGUUCAAGUUGACAAUGAACAAACUUUAUGCAUGGAGCCUAGUUGAUUAUGAAAGGGUGAUCAUGCUUGACGCAGACAAUCUUUUCCUCCAGAAAACUGAUGAACUCUUUCAAUGCGGCCAGUUUUGUGCUGUUUUCAUUAAUCCAUGCAUCUUUCACACAGGGCUUUUCGUGUUACAGCCGUCCAAGGCAGUUUUCAAGGACAUGAUUCAUGAGUUGGAGGUUGCUAGGAGUAACCCCGACGGUGCUGAUCAAGGAUUCAUAGGAGGCUAUUUCCCCGAUUUGCUUGAUAAGCCCAUGUUCCAUCCAACUAAUAAUGGCACUAUGCUUGAUGGACAAUACAGACUUCCUCUAGGCUACCAAAUGGAUGCCUCUUACUACUAUCUUAAACUUCGAUGGAGUGUGCCAUGUGGUCCUAACAGCGUAAUCACCUUUCCGGGGGCUGUGUGGCUGAAACCAUGGUAUUGGUGGUCAUGGCCAGUGCUACCACUCGGCAUCCAAUGGCAUGAACAGCGGCGUCAAACUAUUGGGUACAGUGCAGAAAUGCCCCUUGUAUUCAUCCAAGCAGUAUUUUACCUGGGAAUAAUGGCAGUAACUCGACUUGCUCGUCCCAAUUUGUCUAAAUUGUGUUAUAGACGAGAAGACAAAAGUGUUUUCCUCAUCCAAACUGGCCUUAAAUUGGUAGCUAUAUGGUCUAUUCUUGCAGCCUACAUAAUUCCAUUCUUUCUGAUUCCCCAUACUGUUCAUCCUCUAGUAGGCUGGGCCAUGUACCUGCUCGGUGUUUUCUCUCUAUCCUGUGUAGCCGUCAAUGCUUUUCUGCUGCCAAUGCUCCCGGUUUUAGUACCAUGGCUUGGCAUCUUUGGGUCUCUUUUGGUAAUGGCCUACCCUUGGUACUCUAGUGGUAUAGUGCGGGCGCUUGCCGUGUUUGGCUAUGCCUUCGUCUGCUCUCCUAUAUUGUGGAUAUCAUUGGUCAAAAUCAUGUCAAGCCUAAAUUUAUCACUGGAAAGGGAAGGCUUCUUACCCAGAGUAGCUGAAUCGACAACACCUUCCGGGUUCAACAAAUUGUACUAGACAUUAUUUGAUGCAGACCAAAGAUGACCUGAUGAUGAUGAACGAUUCUUGUAAGAAAUCUUUGAGACAUGAUAGGCAGCAGAUUUUCCAGCCUUGAGGGAGAGCAUAAGGUGACAUUUGGCGAUCUAUACCUGGCUUUCCUCGUUCUGUGCCAUUCAGUUAAUUAGGUUUGUAGAGCUGAUGGAUUCUUUCAGGGAUCUUGAGUUGAUUAUGCUCAUUAAAAUCGACUGUGUCCCAUUCGAUUUUUCUUCAUUGUAAUAGGUUGUAUAUGGGGACACGCUUGUAUUCUGAAGUGGGGUGGAUUCUUUAGGAGUUUCCAUUCAUCAGAAUCAUUGUAUUAUGGGAAUACACACUACAUUGAAUGAACUUACAAACUGACGAGAUCAAACUCUUUUAAAUUUUGUAUCUGCAUAUUUUCAUGGCAUCUAUUUUGCAGGCUAAGAUAUUCCAAAAAUCCUGGGAAGAAAAAAAUGCUUACUUCAAAUGUUCUUGUGCAAAUUUCAGCAUUGAUGAAUGUGUAGCAUGAUUUAACAAAAGCAACUUAGUAUUUAUGUGCAGGCAAAUCUUCUGGGAUGAUGUUUUAUUUUAGCAGCAUUUCCUCAAGCAAAUCAAGAUGUAGCCCUUCAGGUAUAAUAAGAUAAAACGACCUAAGCUGCUUCGUGGAUCAAAAACCAGAUCCUACUUCCUGCAUUAGUUAUGGCUCUGUGUAUAUACAUUAGUCUGGCUGAAGAAGUAUUGAUCCACAAAGAGAAGAUCGAGUUCUGCAUAUUUAAUCUUUAGUAUUGCAGACAGGAGGAAAGUGAUCAGGCAGCUUUGGAAAUUGAUAUCAUCUCUAAACAUAACAUUAAAGCCACCACCGAAAUUCCAGAGAAGUUGGAAAACCCACAAGCUCCAUCCAUUUCGGAUAAGUUCAAUCAUCCUGAGUAAGUUCCAGAAGUUCAUUGCUACCUGAUGAAUGAUCCCAGUGACAAUAUUGAAUUUGUGAAAGCUUGGGCAGCUCAAGCACCAGGUUCUACUCCUACUGUUUCCUCAGGAUCCCACUAUAUUGCAGACAACAUUAGUCAAAGUAGGAGUACGUUUGAAGGAUCAAUACGAAAGAGGAGGUCUGUGUUCAAUGCCUCCAGUUUGGCUGCACUUAAAGGCCAAAAGUGGCACUAACACUUGGGUUCUUACUGCCACGGCAGUGAAUUGGAAAUGCACAAUGUGGGUCAUGAGAAGAGCUUUGGUUAUCAGAAGCCGUCCUGUUUGUUAUUUCCAAUAAACCUUGAGGUCAAGAAUUGGUAUAUCCGACUAGUUCCUGCAACCUCAUUCACUUGGAAACAUAUUCUGGGGUAACCAUGUCCUCGCCACGCCUAAUGUUGUAACAGGAAACUUCGAAUUAGAUAUGCUGAUUGGGAGAUUGAAGGAUACAAUUGCACGCAUUAACAAUGUUGAACGUCUCAUUAAACUCAUUACAGGUGAAGAAAGAUCAGCAGAAAGUGUUGGCAGGUUCCUGGAGGAAUUGAACAGAAAUGUCGUGUGGAUUGUGUAUCUAACGAGGUAUUGUACCUUAGGGUACAAGUUUUUAAAAUGGGAGUCACUUUCGAUAAACCUGACAUGAAGAUGUAUGAGAAAGAUAAAAAAAAAUGCAGGCAUUUACUAUCUUGGAUGCUAGUCCUUUCCAAAUGAUCAAACAUUUGUUGCAUCAAAAAAGUUUACCCCCUCUAUCUCACUUUAAUAAUCUACUUUGUUGAACUAUAACUGUACAAGAAAUUUGACUUUCAAAGUGAGGCGAAAGGGGAAUUAGGGACAGUUUCUAUGUGUUCAAAACCUCCUUUUCAAAAUGAGUUCAGGAUAUACUAGCUAGGUUACAUGAUUAGAAGAAUAGAUUUACCUUUUCUUUACUUUUGAUAUGAUGAUGUUUUCUUGAUGAAUUUGUAAA